UGUUUGGUCGUGUAUGCCCUGGCCAUAAAAAUACACGUAUAUACAUAUGUACAUAUAAACAUAAGUGCCCUAGAGAGUAGACUUAUUUGCAAUGGUUUUUAAAACUGAUUUAAUCCGAAUGCAGAUUUGUCAUAACCGCAUAUGUAUAUAUAGUUGUUGUUGUUUGGCUUUUUGAUAUGCUCUGACCCGACCAGCGCAACAACUAUAUGUACAUUGCGUAUGAAAAAGCUAUGGCAAGCAGAAAUAUACUACCAGAUAGAGAUUGGCAGUCAUUCAGGAUUUAUCCGUUUUACAAGUUAUUGGAAAUUGGUCUAUUUAAAUAUCUUCUUAAAUAUUAGUUUUGUAUAUCAUGGUUAUGUACAUUUACUUCGCUGCAAACUCAAACGAAAUGCAAAAAGCUGAAAUAGACCUUAAAAGCGAUAUUCCAUAUUUAGAAUUUGACUGGUUAUUGUUUAUCAACAUUAUGGCCCAGUUCGUGAUAGCCAAAUAUGAAAAUUCGACUUUAAAUGGUUAACAUAUGUAUGUAGCUUGUUUGUUUGCAUAUAUACGGAUAUCAUGGAGACGUAUUCACAAUUACUUGAUCUCUACAUAUGUACAUAUAUGUGAUUGGUUGAAAUUGUGCUUAUUUUUUUCCAACAUUAUGUAUGCAUAAUAAACAAACAUAUGUAUGUAUGUAUGUAUAUAGGCUGUCAUAUAGUAUGUAUCCCACACAAUUACUAAAUGCAAUAAGACAAGAGUUUCAGUCAGAAAUUUUACAUUUAUUAAUUGUGUGAACUACAGUUAGCAGAUGUUAACGCAUUGACGGCUCACACCCAGCGGGGGGGGGGGGUGUCAAUACGUUAUUUUUACUGCUAAAUUCAAUCAGUAUUAAUUCAAUAGACCAAUUUCGUUUGAGCACUGCCUGCAAGAAUGUGCAUAGCUAUUGCUAAACUAAGGUUUUUGAGUUUGCAAUUUCGAACGAAUGCGCUAUCAACGUGAAAUCACCUCAACCCAGCCCAAAGUGGUUGCUUACACUUGUGCAACAACAAUCACGACAUUGGAUUGUAAUGAACACAGCGUAGAGCAAGAAGCCAAGAAGUGAACAGCACGAAAAAUUGGAAUUUGAUAAAUAAUCUACUUUCUUGAAGUGUAUUGGUUUGUGAAACGCAUUUGGCAAUUGCAGAGCAAUCCUUCAUUCAACAAUCAGCAAGGAAAUAAUUCCGACCAGCAGCAGGGAUAUCAGUCGACACAAGUUCAACAAAAUGAAAAUGCAGCAGAGGUGAAGAAAAGUAUUAUGAAACAACAGCGUCAACAGCCAACACCACCAUUGCAACCACCACCACAACCUCCACGUAUGGACGACGAGGAGCCGAUGGAAACAAAGACCGAAGAAACCGCUCUAUAUGACGAAACUGGCAAAUUGCAGUAUAAGAAUAUUUUUCGUACACGCAAGAAGUCUUCCGUACGUGCCAAGGAGAAGAAAAUCCGUCAAAAUCGUCAAUUACGCAAAACUCUAAUACCGAAGAAUGCACUAAUGGCCUUGAAUGAGGUAGUUGGCUUAACAAUUAGUGAGUUCAUCAUAACCAGCUCCACCGGUGGAGGUUUUGUAGCUGUUGUUAGCGUAAAUGAUAAACAGUAUGAGGGUAAAGGUAAUUCCAAAAUGGCUGCCAAGAACAAUGCCAGCGAGAAGGCUUUACGCGAUUAUGUGUUGGAGAAAAUGCGCGAGAAGCCACGCUUAAGAAAGAUUUCAACCAAUAAUGAUGAAGCUUUGGACACGAGUGACAUGCAGCCAAACAAUGAAGAACCGAGCGAGAACGGCGACGAUGGUCAGCAGGAUAAUGUGUCCAACUCUGGCGCAACGCCUGCUUUCGAUGAUGUACCAAUGGUCAAUUUGGCUUCAUUUGCUAUAUAUAAGUUAUUCACUGAAUGGGAGAAUGAAGGUUAUGCUGUGCCCGAAUUGCGUGUAGCUCAUCCCAUACAACCGGGCUCUGGCACCGAUACAGAGACAAGCCCACAACCUAAGAUACCAAAGGCUCCACCAGUGCGCUCUGAAUUGCCCCACAAUUGGGAAACCAUCCAUCCCUCUACUCUACUUUGUAUGAUGCGGCCAGGAUUACAAUAUCGUGAAUUAGGUACAAUGGGUGAUGCACCAAAUGUUCUUCAGCGUAUGGGCGUUACAGUUGACGAUGUAAACUAUGAAAGCUCUGGUCGCUCGAAGAAGACUGCUCGUCGCAAUGUUGCCGUUUGUGUGCUCAACGAGUUAUUUGGCACAAAUUUCACAAAGGAGGAACCAUGUGCAGAUUAGAAGAUAGUAUUUAACAUAAACAUUGUACAUACAUAUGUACGAGAAUAUACAUUUAAUAUAUGUAUGUGGAAGCACUAUUUAUUCUCAUUGUAAUGAGAAAGAAAUUAAAUUAAGUCUUAAUGUGAAAUUUUACAAAUAAAUAGUGAACCUUUAAAAGUAGAAAAAAAA